AUGAGGUGGAGUCUCGUGGGCCUCGUGGCCCUGCUGCUUCCGGCAUUGCCGGGGAAAGCGCACCCUGUUAGGGAAGAUGAGACAUGCCUCACACAGAUGGCUACGGGGCGGCAGCGGCGGGGCAGCCCGAUCCGCUUUGUGUCGCUCGUCGGAACGGAGGGAUCCGGACAUCAUCUGCUCACCCCAGUGAUUCGCAAGAUCAUGGCCGCAAGCUUAGUGCCGGGGCAAGAAGACGAUGUGGAUUCUGACCACGAGACGCACUUCGGGUUCACCGGUGCGGCGGCAGACGACUUGUUGUGGUAUGCCUUCAAAGGGAGCAACCUCCAAGCCUUUCGCGAGGCUCUGCAAAAGCAGAAGCAUGGAGCUUUAGUUCAGCAAGAAUACAGUUUUCCAUCGGGUGACAUGCGUUCUGUUGGCCACCGGUUCUACAACCUGACCGACCUUUAUCAGAUGUUAGAUGCCUCCGGCGUGAAGCAGAAGGCCGUGAUCAAGUACGUGCGCCCGAUGCCCCAGCGUGCCCGUUCCGUCUACAAGCGCUGGCCCGAACACUGUGGCGGUCAGCUGAUGGCUUGCAAAGCAGAGCAGCAGGCGUUUGACCAGCUCAUCGAGGGCCACCUAGCAGAGCUCGAUAAGAUGAAGGUGCCGGUGCUCCGGAUCGGCAUGCACCUCUUUCGGAUAGACUGCCACCAGUUCGGCCGAGAAGUCCUUAGCUUCCUUGGGAAGGCCAAGUUGCUACCUCCCGGAUCGCCUUACGAGAAGGAGGACAGCGACGAGACCAAGCACCUGACAGAGGAGGCUUGUGCCCUUGGGAAGACUCUGGAGGAGCAGCGAGAUGCGGAGGAUGCCAGCCAUGCGAGCACGACGACCUCGGUAGAUGGUAGAUGA